AUGUGGCUACAUGACAUCACCCGCUACGGGGCUUUCCUUACUUUCCUUACUAACGCAGCAGCUAGGGCACCGGAGUUUGAGUGCAGUGCUGGUGAGAGGAUCAUCCAGCUGCAGCCCAUCAGAGUGGUCAACGGGACGAGAACUUCGGACGCGACAAUUACGCGUACAUUUUAUGUCCCUCCCAAUGCCUCGUAUAUUACAACCGCCGUCUUUGGUGAUGGACCCCCGACUACGUACACAAUCCCUCCACAGGGAACACCACCAGUGGGAACAGUUAUCGUGAAGGAACCUGUAAUGACGAUUACUUCUUUCAUUCCCUCAUUGACAGCCGUGCGAACGCGCACUCUUAUUCCUACACGAUCUGGUGAUCCGACUACUGUUAUCAUCGAGCGACCGGAUGAUCCGAAUACCCUUCACGAUCCUCUCACGAGAGUCGCAAGCCCGAGAAUUACCACAGUCGACCAUACACAAAAUGUCGAAGUUUCUAUUACCAGAACUGUGCAGCGCGAAGACACAAAAACGGUCAUUAUCGACCAUACAGAUGAGCAUGGCACUGUCACGGUCCGACGAGAGAGUUACACAACAAUUACUCGCGUCAAUAGUGUUGGAGUUCCAACUACACGAACCCUUCAGCCUGAUCGCCCUGGUGAUGUCAGCACGGUUAUCGUUGAGGUACCUCAGACCAAGGGUCACUUCACCACAAUUGUGCGCACAGGCACUGGCACUGGAACCAUUACGUCGACCCAAUAUCCCAGCGACCCAGAUGACACUGGUACUGUAGUUAUUAUGAUCCCCUCGGGGCCUGAUCAAUACGCGACAGUUACUCGCACAGGCACUGGAACAGCUACAGUCACGUCAACUCAACCACCUGGUGGACCUGAAGAGCCUGGAAUCGUCUUUAUUGACGUGCCUCCGAAUACGCGACCACACCAGACCAUCACUCGAGUCGGAACUGGCACAGUACCUAUCACAUAUACUCUCCAGCCAGACGGACCCAGCGGAACAGUCACUGUUGUGCAUGAGCUUCCAUCAAGCAGUGUACCUUACGCAACUAUUUCUCGAAUUGGAACUGGAACCGCACCUGUUACAAGCACGAUUCCUCCCAAUCAUCCCGGCGAAACCGGUACCGUCGUGGUCAUUCUGCCUCCCAUCAAUACUCGCAUCAUUUCCACUACGCACUGGGGAAGUGUAACAGCGCCUCAAACAGUUACUACGUUUCCAGAUGGUCCCGACGGGCCGGGAGUAGUUGUUGUUGACCUACCGAAUCCACGUACAACUCUAACUCGUGGAGGCGAUGUACCUGCUCCCACAACAAGCACGCCAGAGAACGUGCCGGCAGGAGAGACGGGUACGGUUAUUGUCAUCACACCCAUUAAGUAUGCAACUACCACGAGGACUGUGGCGACGGGGUCUGAGACGAAGACCUUUACUCAGAGGCCAUCUGAUCCGGAUGGAACCGGUACAGUCAUCGUGGAGCUCCCUCCCAAUGCGACGCCUUUCACCACCAUAACUAGCCUCUGGACUGGUUCGACCACUCGCGUUGUAACUGAGCCUCCUUCGGCACCUGGUGAGACCGGAACCAUUCGGGUGGAUGUUCCGGAGGAGUAUACUACUGUCACUAGCUUCUGGACAGGAUCGACUACUCGAACCAACACACAGCGUCCUUCCGUGCCUGGUGAUACUGGCACUAUCCGAUUGGAUGUACCGGACAAUGGCGAUGACUACACUACCAUCACUGGUGUCUGGACAGGAUCAACUACUCGCACAUCGACCCAGCGUCCUUCUCAACCCGGCCAAACAGGCACAGUCCGAAUCGACUACCCUGAUAAGCCAGAUUAUGUCACUGUGUCAAGUUUCUGGACUGGUUUGACUACACGUAGAAGCACCGAAACAGCUGCAGGUCCAGGUCAAACAGGGACUGUGCGCGUUGACGUCCCCGCUGAUGGCGCGAACUACGUGGCAGUCAGCGAAUAUUGGACCGGUUCAACUACUCGAACAGUCAUUGUACCUCCCACUGGACCUGGCGAUACAGGUACUAUUCGUGUUGACUUCCCUACUGCUGGUAUCCGCUAUGUCAAUGUUAGUGAGCAGUGGACUGGAACGACAGCUCGUACGGUUACCCUUCCUCCUGAGCGACCGGGCGAGGACGGUACGGUCCGUAUUGAAGUGCCCGCUAUGCGUUAUGUCACUGUGACGAAUUUCGGAUCGGGUUCUGACACCAGGAUCUUCACUCAGACUCAUAGUGGAGAUGGCUUUACUGAUACAGUUGUCGUUGAGGUUCCUCUCAUCACAUCGUAUCGUACCGUCACGAGUACUGGUACAGACUCCACAACAAAGACGUUCACUCGAGAGCCUUCUGGCACAGGACGAAUCGGAACCGUCGUUAUUGAAGUUCCACCUGCUUAUGUCACGACAACGAUUACGGGUACUGGAAGUGCCACUAGGACCUUCACUCAGACACCUUCUAGCGUUGGGGAGACUGGCACAAUUGUUAUUGAGCUGCCCCCGGGUGCUACGCCUUAUACCACAGUCACUCGCACUGGGACUGAGUCAUUCACUACAACUAUUACGCAGACUCCAACGUCACCAGGACAGACAGGGACUGUUAUCAUUCAAGUCCCGUCUUCCACAAUUCCUUUUGUCACAACAACCUCUUACGCCACAAUCACAUCAGCCUACACGACUACUGUGACCCCUACAGUUGCAGGUCAGACCGGCACAGUCAUCGUAUUCAGGCCUCAGUCAUGGGUGACUACUACCCGAUAUGGAAGCGUGUCAGCUGCUUCUACCACGACUCAAAGCGCACAGGGUCCCGAGGGUACCGGCAUUGUCAUUGUGGAUCUCCCGCAGCCUUACACUACCAUCACCCGCUAUGGCAGCGUAUCAGCGUCCUCGAUAACAACCCAGACUGCCACAAGUCCGGGAGGAACAGGCACUGUCAUUAUCUAUCUACCCCAGCCUUUCAUCACAACGACUCGUCAUGGCAGUGUCACGGCCUCCACAAGGACAACCCAGGCACCUCAGAAGCCCGGGGAGACGGGCACUGUGCUGGUCGAUCUGCCUCAGCCUUAUGUCACAUACACUAGCUACGGGUCUGUCACUGCAGCUGGCACCAGGACCCUCACUGGAUUUAGUCAAGGAGGAACCGGUACUGUUGUCGUUGAUCUUCCCCAGCCUUGGACCACAAUCAUCAGAUAUGGAAGUGUCAGUGCUCCAGCGACUCGAACUCAAACUCCCGCGUCUCCGGGGCAGACUGGCACGGUCUUUGUUGACCUUCCCAAUCCUUUCACGACCAUUACUAGCUAUGGUACUGGAUCUCUAUCAGGCACUAGCAUCUUCAUGCCAGCUACUCCAGGUCAGACUGGUACUGUCGUCAUUCAUCUUCCUCGGCCUUAUACAACAACCACAAGGUUCGGCAGCGUUAGUGUUCCAACAACUGCCACGUUGACUGCAGCUACCCCGGGUCAAACUGGGACCGUGUUAGUAGAUUUGCCACAGCCUAUGGCCACAUACACUAGAUUCGGUAGUGUCACUGCGCUGAGCACAAGUACCAUGAUGCCCACCAGCGCGGGCCAGACUGGAACUGUCAUCAUCGAUGCGCCACAACCAUUUACAACUAUCAUUCGCUAUGGAAGUGUUACUGCUAGUACCAUGACCACGCGCUCUCCAGCCGUACCUGGACAGACAGGAAUCGUACUGAUUGACCUUCCUGAGCCAUACGUAACCACCACACGGUAUGGAAGCGUAACUGCUAGUACCAUUAGCACCAAGACUCCUGUGUCGCCCGGUCAAACUGGCACAGUCUUCAUUGACCUACCAGACCUCUAUGUUACUACAACACGCUUUGGAAGCGUGUCAGUUAUUAGCACUAGUACCAAAAUACCUACAGCACCUGGUCAGACAGGAACUGUCUUCAUUGACCUUCCUGAUUCUUAUCUCAUCACCACGCGAUACGGAUCUGUGUCUGUUGCCACGAGGAGCACCAAGGCUCCUGUCUCACCGGGUCAAACCGGUACGAUCUUCGUCGAUUUACCAGAUCCUUAUGUGACUACAACCCGAUUAGGCAGCGUGUCUGUCAGUACCACGAGCACGAAGGUACCUACAGCACCGGGCCAAACAGGUACAGUGUUUGUCGACCUACCCGGCCUUUACGUAACUACGACUCGCUUUGGAAGCGUUUCUGUCAGUACGACAAGUACCAAGCUUCCUGCCUCUCCGGGUCAGAUAGGCACUGUAUUUGUUGACCUACCGGAUCCCUACGUGACCACCACACGUUUCGGAAGAGUCUCUGUUAGUACGCUCACUACUAGGACCGCGACUGUUCCCGGACAAACUGGCACCGUCAUCGUCGAUCUACCGAACUCGUAUCUCACUACGACACGGUAUGGACUUAUCCCAGAUGGUAGCAGUACCACCACCAAUGAGCCAGCUGUCGGCGACCAUACAGGAACGGUCGUCGUUGAUCUUCCCGACCCAUAUUUGACCAGUAUCCGAUACGGAAUUAUCACUUCUGGUGCUAGUACAACUACCAGGGCGCCUGCUGGUCCAGGCCAAACUGGCACAGUUCUUGUGGAUCUUCCUGCUCCGUACAGAACUACCACCCGAUACGGAGUCAUUACUGAGGGCAGCAGCAUGACAAUUCAGACAGCUGAUGUUGCUGGUCAGACGGGAACAGUCUUGAUCGACCUGCCUCAACCUUACGUCACAACAACUCGAUUUGGAGGCAUCACGAGUGGUAGCAGCACAACAACUCAGGUACCAGGAGCGCCAGGAGAGACUGGCACUAUUAUUGUCGACCUUCCUGAUUCUUACCUUACGACUACCAGGUUCGGCAGAGUUCCGAUAGGCACUAAUAGCGUUACUACUAUUACUCCAGCGACACCAGGUCAGACUGGAACCGUUAUUGUUGACUUGCCUCAGCCAUUCACGACGAUUGCCCGGUAUGGACGGGUCACAGCUAGCACUGCAACCACUGAAGAACCUACUGUCCCCGGAGAAACUGGUACAGUUAUUGUGGAUCUUCCUCAGCUGUUUACAACAACAACUAGGUUCGGUAUUGUUUCUGUUCCUGAAACAGUUACACAAAGCUUCGAGCCAGAUGAAACAGCGACCGUCCUCGUCGAUCUUCCCCAACCGUACACCACUAUCACCCGAUUCGGUGUUAUCUCAGACGCCGAUCCAAACGGUGUUACUCAAACCGAAACCCCUGCUGUUCCCGGGCAAACUGGAACAGUCAUCGUUGACCUACCUCAGCCGUACACAACUGUGACUCGGUAUGGCCUGGUUGAUGUUGAUCAUGAAACAACUACCACUGAGCCGCCAGCUAUCCCGGGUGAGACAGGCACUGUUAUUGCUGAUCUUGCUCAGCGAUACAUAACUACUACUCGCUACGGAUUGGUCGAUCUCGCCCACCAAACGACUCAAACUCAGGCACCGGGUGUACCGGGUGAGAGUGGCACCGUUGUUGUUGACCUCCAUCAACCCUACACAACAGUCACUAGAUAUGGUCUAGUUGAUGCUGGCCAUGAAACCACUACGACCGACCAAGUUGCUGUGCCAGGAGAAACAGGUACCGUUAUCGCCGACCUCGCUCAGCGAUACAUAACCACAACCCGCUAUGGACUCGUUGAUUUGGGACAAGAGACAACAGUAACUCAGGCUCCUAACGUUCCAGGCGAGACUGGCACUGUUGUUGUGGACCUUGCCCAGCCAUAUAUGUCAACAACGAGAUACGGCUUGGUUGAUGUCGGUAGUGAGACCACCCAGACACAAGCACCCUCUGUACCGGGAGAAACAGGUACCGUCAUUGUGGAUCUUGCUCAGCCUUACACAACCGUAACUCGUUAUGGAUUAGUUGACAUUGGCCAAGAUUCAACCCAGACCGGGACGCCUGCCAGUCCGGGUGAGACUGCCACUAUUCUCGUUGACCUUCCCCAGCCUUUUACAACAAUUACUCGUUAUGGCUUGGUUGAGGUUGGUCAGGAAGCUACUCAGACGCAAUCUGGUCCUAGCCCAGGUGACACUGCCACCGUAAUCGUUGAUCUAGCGCAACCUUAUGUAACAACGACUAGGUACGGGUUAGUUGAUGUAGGUGGUGAGACAACACAAACGGAAGCACCUGCUACUCCCGGUGAGACAGGCACUGUUCUGGUUGAUCUACCUCAGCCUUAUACCACGAUCAUGCGAUACGGGAAGGUUACAGCCAGCCAGAUGAUAACCGAGGCGCCUGGUACACCUGGCGAGACAGGAACUGUCAUCAUCGACUUGCCAGAGUCUUAUGUCACUGUCACCGAACUUUACACUGGUGCCGAUGUCAUCACUGAGCCAGUUGCUCUUACCACGGUCCCUGCUGAUGGGUCUAUUCCUGGUACAGUCGUUAUCGCAACACCACCUGCACACCCAGUUACUGUUACCAGGUUCUACACUGGAACGUCUAUUCUGACAGGACCGACUACCGUGUCUACAGUACCUGCUUCGGGAACUCACCCUGCUACGAUCUUCGUGGAGACCCCACCAGUUACUAGUACCCGAUUCUACACUGGAACUUCAAUCCUGGCUGGCCCAAUAACGGUGACAACCAUCACGCCUACUGACACCGAGGCUGGAGUCGUCAUUAUCGAAACGCCGCCAGUGACAAGUACUCGCCGAUACACCGGUACUUCGGUAUUGGCCGGGCCGAUUACUGCAACUACCAUCACACCAACUGGAACUGAAGCCGGAACAAUCAUCAUCGAAACGCCUCCGCCUCCUCCUGUCACUAGCACGAGAUCAUACACCGGUACAAACGUCCUGGGCGGUCCCACAACAGUCACCACAAUCUCGCCUACAGGUACUGAGGCUGCUACGGUUGUCGUCGAGACUCAACCGCCACAAUACGUCACAAGCACAAGACAAUACACUGGUUCCACUACUCUGGCGAGCGCAAAGACAGUUCAGACCAUUGCACCCUCAGGUACUGUUGCCGGAACCUACAUCGUCGAGACUCCUACGCCUCCUCCAUCUUUCAGCUGUGAUGAGGGAGGAUACUUGAUCCAGCUUCAGACUCUUUACAGGCUGAACCUAGUUACCGGAGUGAAUCAGCAAGUCGCUACUGGUAUCGGUCCUGGUGGAAUCAUCAAUCCUAUCACUUACAACAUCAUCGAUGAUUUGAUCUACGGUAUCGUUCAGAUUCCGAACAGUAAGAGUCAAGUCAUCCGUAUCGGAAGCACUGGAUCGUACACUCUCAUGGACACAAUUAUCGAUGGUACCUGGAACAGUGGAGAUAUCGACGACCAGGGUAACUUCUGGAUCGCGCAGUCCGGUAAAGCAUGGGCCAAAAUCGACGUCGAUCCAAGACGUUCCACCUACGGCACUAUUCUCCAACGAGGAACCGCAACACCAGACAACGGUAUCGCUGAUUGGGCCUUCGUCAAAGAAGGUGGGCGAUACCUUUACGGUCUCCAAUCUUCCACAGCCAAGACGUUCCUCGGAAGAUUCAGUCUCGACACACAGAAGUGGGAGACUCUCCGAGAUCUUGGAAAUAUCUCUGGUAAUAACCUUUGGGGUGCCGUUUAUGCUGUUGGUCCCAAUCUUAUUUAUGCGUCUGAGAACAACUCGGGUGUUAUCUAUCGUUUCAAUGUUGCGACAGGAGAGAAGGCGUUUAUUAUCCAGGGUCCUAAGACGUCACAGAAUGAUGGUGCUCGUUGUAUCAAUGCUUCACCACCAGGAUCAGGGACCUAA